UCUUUACGAUCGGUUCGGGUUAAAAUUUGGAUGUCAGGUUGGGGUAUUAGGAUUUGGAAUAGAGUUUUGAGAAUUGUUUUAUAUUUUUUUAAAAAAAGUUGGAGGAAAAUAUUUUACUCCAUACGAAGCACAAACCCUAUAUGAUUAUUACGUCCCAAAUAUUGUAUAUACAUAACCCCUCGAAAGUCGAAAUGGCAUAACCCCAAAACCCUUAACUCCAAAUUACCAUCAUGGCAGACGAUUUCGGUUCUCAUGCUUCUUCUGAGUUCUCCAACACCAGAGUCUCUGAAAAUUCUAAGAAGCUUAAUAUGUGUGCCUCUGAAACUCAAGAAUCCAAUACCCAUGAUGAAUCCAUCAAGAAAAAUGAUGAAGAGAAGAAAGAUGAUGGGUCUGUGAGGUGUUCACUCAAGAUUGAAGUAAUCGAUGAUACAGCAAUGAUUGAUAUUUCUCAAGUUGGAAAAAGUUGCUCAAUUGGUAAAAAUUUUGAUGGAAAAUCUGGAAGAAAUAGGAAGAAAAAGAAUGCAAAUCAAAUGGUUACGGUUAAAGCAAAAGAUAGGAAAAUCGAAGAAAAGAAUGUGAAUGGCGGCUGUAAAAUAAAUGGAGGGGAAGAGAAGAGGGUUUACUGUAGAAAGGAGUUGGAAAAUUUGAGGUUUGUUGGAAUGGAACAACAGAGGAAAAUGUGGGUUGAGCUGUACUGUGGGCUUGGUGAUACCGUGCAAAAGGAGUAUGAUGGCCUCGUUGACUCUAAUACACAAAAGCACAUCCGCCUGUCUCGAAGUCGCAGGCACAUUGGUAAAGAAAAUACCCCCGUCAUUUCUGGUAACGACCAUUCAGAGCUCUUGGAUGAUCAAGAAGGGAAUGUAGACUCUAAAAAUUCUCUUUCGGCAUUUCCUCCCAGUAGAGAUGAUGGCAUCUCUUGUGAGGGUGAAAACAAUGUUUAUGAAGAAAGUGAUGAUAGUGAUGAUGAUUAUAGUAGCAUUCAAAGACCCGCCUUUAAAGUUACAGGAGAGCCUGAUUUUGAUUCUGGUCCUCCUGAAGAUGGGCUUGAGUAUCUUAGGCGUGUCAGAUGGGAAGCAUUACGGUUGCCCAAAGUGAAGGUUGCAGCGGUUCAAGGAAGUAAACUAAACAAAGAACAGACAUCUUACAUGCCCCAAAUUCCUGAUAUUUCAAGCUGUCUAGAGCACUUGUUGCCUCUCAAGAAGUGGGAGGAAGCAUUCCUUGCUGAUUUUUCAGAGCUAAGACUGGCUUUGUCACGUUUAGAAGCUAAUAUCGGAAGUUCUAGGCAGCUGCUUUCAUCAACCUUGGUUACCUAUGUUUUUUCUUUUGAAGGAUUGUGUGUUUUGUUUCAGGCUUUGUCACGUUUGGAAGCUAAUAUUGGAAGUUCUAGGCAGCUGCAUUCUUCAACCUUUGUUGAUAAGCCACACUCUUCUGAUCAGCUUCCUGAAAACAUUGUUCUGGAUAAGUUUGAUGGUUUGAUGUCUGGAGAAGACGAGUCUUCCAUAUCAGAUGCUGGUGAUGAUCCAAAGUCAUCUCCUGCCAAUAGCCCUACCUUAUCUGUUAUCUUAGGAAUGGAUGCUGUAGGUCGAGUUUCAAUGUUAAGGAAGCAAAUUACAGCUGUGCAAAGCUUGAGCGCUCUUACAAUGGAUGACUGCUUGUGGCUGUUUGCUCUGUGCGCUGCAGUUGAUACUCCUGUCGAUGCGGAUACAUGUGCAUCCCUACGGUCAUUACUCCGAAAAUGUGCAAAAUUGAGAGCUGACAAGUCCAAACUUGAUGAUGAAGUUAUUAUGCUUAAUAUAUUGGUCACAAUAUGUGGCAGAUAUUUUGGACAGUCCGAACAACGACAAUUUUGUUAGGGACUUGAACAAAAUGUACUCCCAUCACUUUCCAGAUUUCUUCGGUCACAAGUACUAUUAUUAUUAUUGUUACAGUUGUAGAGUAUUAGAUUCAUGUUUUGUUGUCUUUGUAGUUUUUCUUUUUCCAUCUACUUGUAUUAGAUUCAUGAUUUAGUGCAAGAUUUAGAUUGAGUACGCACAAAGACAUACUAUAAAAAGAAUUUUAGUUAUAAAUGAAAUUUGAAUGCACCUGCAAAGGAUGAAAACAGAACAA